AUGAAGUUCUCUUCCACUGCCGCCCUCUUGGGCGCUGCUGCUCCUUUCGCUGCCGCUUUCCCUACUGCCAUGUACGAGGCUGUCCAGAACGACCCUGAGCUGGCUGCUCGCGCUGCCGAGAUCAUGGAGCGACAAGCUGGUGCCGAUUCUGCGACCGCUCUUUUCGAGGCCAUUCCAACAUUCAGCGAGUCGCAGCGCAUCGAUCUCAGCAACUAUCCAUUUCAAGCCCCCGGUCCCAACGAUCUCCGUGGACCUUGCCCGGGUCUCAACGCAUUCGCCAACCACGGCCUCUUACCCCGAAAUGGCUACGCAACCAUCCAGCAGUACAUCGAUGUGACCCAGAAGAUCGUUGGUAUGGGUCCAAACCUUGCCACGUUCCUUUCCGUAUACGCCGGCGCCAUCGACGGCAAUGUCGUGGGAUGGAGCAUGGGUGGCACACCACCCCCAGGUGUUGGUGGACUCUUUGCCAGCAACGGCAACGGGCUCAGUGGAUCGCACAACAAGUACGAGGGCGACGCCUCGCCAACCCGAGGCGAUCUGUACGAUCCAGCAUCUGGCGCAGACGACUACUCGACCUUCGCAAACCAGUUCCAGGAUCUGAUCAACUACUGCCCCGGUGGAACCGUCGAUAUCGACUGCUUGACCGCAUUCCGCAGCCACCGAUUCGAUGUUCAAGUACAGAACAACCCAUACUUCUUCAACGGCCCCUUCUCCGGAGUGCUCGUGCAACCUGCUGCGUACACGUUCAUUUACCGCUUCAUGGCCAAUCACUCCGCCGAGAACCCAAUCGGCGAGCUGAACUACGACGUCCUCAAGUCAUGGUUCGGUAUCGAGGGCGAGAACGGCAGCUACGUCGCCAAGCAGGGACAAGAACGUAUCCCGGAGAACUGGUACCGCCGCUCUCUCACAGCCCCUUACGAGACCCACUACUUCCUCGGCGAUGUCGUUGCCGCCGCGGCCCUCCACCCCAAGUUCCUCAGCAUUGGUGGCAACACCGGUACAACGAACUCUUUCAGCGGCGUUGACGUUACGAACCUCACGGGCGGUGUCUUCAACUCUGCCAGCUUGCUCAGCGGCAACAACCUCGGCUGCUUCGCAUUCCAGGCAUCUAAGCAGGCCACCGUUGACCUUGCCGCCGGUCUGCUGCAGCCUGUCACUGAUGCUCUCGCCGGUGCCCUCUCAGGCGUUCUGGCACCACUGAGCUGCCCCCAGCUCAAGUCGAUCGACGAGCGCCAGCUGAAGAAGUUCCCUGGUUUCCAGAAAUCGUGA